AUGGCUACCGGGAUCCCUACCGCGACGAAUUUCGUGCCGAACGCGUUCCAACAGCAGCAGUACCCGUAUCGCGGCGGCGUGCAGUACAGCCCCUACUCUCCCACGCACUCGGGUGCUGCAACGCCCACCAACGUCUCUCCGACGCAAAUACCGCACAACAUGCACACGCGUCAGCUUCGCCCGCCCAAGUGUCCCAUGUACGUCCCGGCCGCUCUGAGGCCGACGGAAAGGCCGCAGCGCUCAUCGCCUCCCAAAGGCAGCGACAUCUCCCCGGUUGAGAGCCCGGUGGCCGGCCUCGACCGAAGGGGGACCGCCGACAGCUUCGGCUCAACAUAUUCGGAGAUUCAGAGGAUCGCAAGUGUUGAGGGGAGCACCAUAGGACCGGUGACUGGACCCCCGUCGAGGAACCACUGGAAGUCGAACGACGACACGCAAGCAUGCAACGCCUUCGGCUGCGGCAGAGUUUUCUCCAUGUUCUGCAGACGGCAUCACUGCCGGCGCUGCGGAGACAUCUUCUGCUAUGAGCACAGCUCGCACGAGAUCAAGCUCGAUCAAGAUGCGCUGUUCCACCCCAGCGGAACCCCAUCGCGUGCCUGCGACAGUUGCUGGUCCGCGUACCGGCAAUGGGAAGCGGCACGCAAGAGCCGAACCAACUCCGCAAGCUCUCAGGGCAGCAGCAGCACCGCUGGAGGGUUUGCACAGACGCGUGCAGAGCCUCAGGGUCUGCUGCUUCCCCAGCCACGCGGCGUGGCGCAGGCCCAUGCGCAAACCCACAAGGUCGGCAGCUAUGUGGGCAGCGUGCCCCGCGAUUGGAAUUGGAGCACGUUUUAG